AUGGCAUCCUGUGCAUUUUCCUCUUCGGCCCCAGCACCCGCUGGUGUCAAGACCAUCGUCCCACCACCACUCCCUCACCCACGGCACCCGACCCGCCUCACCUCCUCCCUCCCCUGCGACGAACUCUCCGCCCUCGGUCAAGAUGACGGCGACGAAGCGGUCCCCGUCCCCGACAACAUCCUCAGUACGCCAAGAAUGGUCCGCAACGCCGUCUACUCCUUCGUCAACCCAGAGGAUCAGUCCAAGAAUGCCUUUCUCCUCGGUUGGAACAAGGAGUUUGCAAAGGAGCUCGGGGUCGAUACCAACAAGAUCGAACGGUCGCAGUGGUCCGAGCAGGAACUCGAUCACCUCGUAAAGCUUCUGACAGGCGGUGGACGAAAGAUCCCAGCGCCCCAACAGGAUGAGAACGAUGCUGACAAGGGUCCACGAGAGGCUCAACCUUGGGCACACUGCUACGGUGGACACCAGUUUGGAUACUAUGCUGGACAGCUCGGUGAUGGAAGAGCUAUCUCACUUUAUGAGACGGUGAACCCGGCGACAGGACAAUCUUGGGAGCUGCAGCUCAAGGGCGCAGGAAAGACACCCUACAGUCGUUUCGCGGACGGAUAUGCCGUCCUCCGAUCAUCGAUCCGCGAAUACCUUUGCGCAGAAGCUAUCGCGGCAUUGGAUGUCGCGUCUUCGCGAUCGCUGGCGAUCUUGUCGACGGAGACCAUGGUUGCGCGCGAAGACGGAGGCGAGCCCGGAUCGAUUGUCUGCCGCGUAGCUCCCUCAUGGAUCCGCUUUGGCAGCUUUGAAAUCUUUUUCUACCGCAAGGAUAGGAUCAAUCUCCGACGGCUGGCCGAAUAUGUCUGCGACGAGGUUUACAAUCUGCCACGGGAUGAUCCUCAGGAAAUGGCGGCCUUCACAGAACAGUUCAGAAAAGUCGAGCUUGAGAAGGCUCGUAAGGCAGCAUCGGACGAACCCAAGCAUGUCAGCGCAGCUGUUGAGGGAGAAGCAGAGGGUGCACCAGUGACGACGAGAGAACCAAAGGCACUCUAUCGCAACCGGUUCGCCAAGAUGUUUGAACAAGUCGCUUACAAGACAGCCAUCAUGGUCUCGGGCUGGCAGGCGAUCGGAUUCUGUCACGGAGUGAUGAACACGGACAACAUGUCGAUCCUGGGACUCACGAUCGACUUUGGCCCAUACGCUUUCUUGGACAAGUACGACCCGCUCUUCAUUUGCAACCACUCUGACACUGAAGGACGCUACUCCUUCCAGCAGCAACCGGGUAUCUGUCUGUGGAACCUGGGUCGGUUGGCUUUGACAUUGGAGAACUUGAUCGGUGCUCAGGAGCGAGUCGAUGACUUGGACUGGCUCCGUCAGCAAGAGUCUGAUACUGAGAAGGAGGAGACCCUCAAGGAAGGUGCAAAAGACAUUGUGGUCGAGAUCUUGAACAAGUCCUUCCGGGACGUCUUCUUGAAGGACUACCGUCGUCGGAUGAACGAGAAGAUCGGUCUUGGUGGUGCAGACCAGGUCAAGGACGCGGACCUGACGGAGAUUGUGGUCCCUGCAUUGGCGUGGAUGGAUGAUUACGAGGUUGAUUACCAUCAAUUCUUCCGGGACUUGGCGGACUACAAGGUUGAAGGAGCAGACACUGUGGACGAGAACGGAGCUCAGAUCGAGGCAUUGGUCAAGAAGCUGCUCCCUACACCUGUUCAUCUGGCGCGUGGUAGUGUCGCUGUGGAAGAGAUCAAGAACUGGCUGGUACCUUACCACACGCGGCUUGUGCAGUCCUUGGAGUUGAAGGAUGACCAGACACGUCGAACCAGGAUGAACAAGGUCAACCCCGCAUUUGUACUCCGCAACUGGGUCGCUCAGAAGGUAAUUGAGCGUGCUACGGAGAGCGUGAUGAAGACUAGAGAAGAGUCGACAGAGGAGGACCCGGACAAGGAUCUGUUGGAUCGUGUCCUCUGGAUGUGCCAGCAUCCCUUUGGCGAAGAGGAUAGUAGCCAGGCUGAGGAGACGACCACGACGGCGGACGGAACUUGCGAGAUCAAGAGGAACGAUGCUGGACUGGAAGUCUAUGGCGAGUAUGUCGGACCUGUGCCUGAAUGGGGUCAAGGCAUCCAGUGCAGCUGCAGCUCGUAA